UUGGUGCCCUCAACGGAAGUGUGUACGCCCGGUGUUUCAGUUGGUCUGAAUCAACUCCAGAAAUUCGAACAACCAUAGAUUGGACCACCGCCUUUGAUUUCAAACAACCCGCCUUCAAUCUCAAUCGAGAAAGCAUAUCAAAGGGCGAUGGAUCGAGGUUGGAUGAGUCAACCAAGAGCUAGUGCUGCUUACAAAGAUGGUGUCGAGCAAUUUCUGACUUUUGCAUUCCGUGAUGUUCCGGCCGGUGAUAGAAUUCUUUGUCCUUGUGUAAAUUGCCGAAAUAAAGCUAUGCAGAGUUAUGAUGGAGUGAAGACUCACUUGAGAUGUGAUGGUAUUCUUCAAGGUUACACUAAGUGGGUUUGCCAUGGAGAGGAUUACAGUGAACCAUCAUUUGCAUUUGCUCAUGUAUCAGAUAACAGUGGCAAUCUUUCUAUUCCUGGCAUCCCAAGGAAUGUUGUUGGAGAAAGCAGCCAUGGAAGGUUGGAUGACAUGCCAGGACUCUUAAGUGCCGUCUUUGCUAUGGCUAACAGUUGUGAAUCUUUAUCAAGCACAUCUGAUGGUGAAUUAGAUGGCCUUGAAUUUGAGAAUAUGGAACCAAAUUCAGUUGAGGAUGAGAAUGCAGAUGCUCAAACAAGUAAGAAACCUGAUACAUAUGCAAGCUUCUUGGAGGAUGCAAACACAGAGUUAUACCCUGGAUGUAACGCAUUUUCUAAGUUGCCAUUUCUCAUCACCUUGUAUCACAUGAAAUGCUUACAUGGAUGGACACAAGAAUCAUUUACAACGCUACUUGGUGUUUUGUCUGAUGCACUUCCAGAGGCACAAAUACCAAAGAAGUACUAUGAGCCACUGAUUGAUGAGCUCUUACAAUUAUGGGAUGGUGUAGACACAUUUGAUGCUUCCUCGCAGAAGACAUUUCCUCUCAAGGCUGCACUAUUAUGGACUUUAAAUGAUUUUCCGGCAUUAGCUUACCUGUACGGUUGGAGCACAAGUGGCAAAAAAGCCAAUGUAGCCAAGAAAGCAAAGGGCGGAAAGAAGAAAAAAAACAGUGAAAAAGAAACUGAAAAUUAUCAAGAACCGAAGCGUAAAAGGAAGGCAGGCAACAAGAAGUCAAUUAAGAACCAAGAAAAGAAUGUGUUUGAUAAUUUAAUUGGAACGUUGUUGAAUAUUGAUUCUAAAACAAAGGAUGGCCUAAAUGCACGGCUUGACUUGGCAGAAAUUGGUGAAAAUGGAAUUCGACAUGAUCUUCAUCCUGUUGAAGAUAAUAAUGGAAAAACAAUAUUGCCUGAUGCACCAUUUACUAUGUCUAGAAAACAGCAAGAAGUACUUUGUUCAGUGAUGCAUAAUAUUAGGACCUCCGAUGGAUAUGCAUCAAAUUUUUCUAGGCAUGUCAACAUGAAAGAUUGUACAAUCUCAGGUCUCAAAGGCCAUGAUUGUCAUGUUAUUCUGGAAGAUAUUCUUCCUCUAGCACUUCGAUCCUGUUACCCACACAAAGAGGUCAUGACAGUAGUUAUCGGGCUGUCUAAUUUCUUCAAGAAGCUAUGCUCGAAAGUGUUAGAUGUCUCUGAGCUUGACAAACUUCAAGAGAGUAUUGUGAUGACACUUUGCAAUAUGGAGAGAAUUUUUCUUCCAUCAUUCUUUACUAUCAUGGUGCAUUUAAUGGUGCACUUGGUUGAAGAAGUUAAACUUGGUGGUCCAGUGCACUAUCGAUGGAUGUACCCUCUGGAGAGAUCAUUUGUCCGGCUGAAAGCACUUGUGCGCAAUAGAGCAUUUCCUGAAGGUUCAAUUGCUGAAGGGUAUCUUGCCCAAGAAUGCUUGACCUUUUGUUCAAGAUUUCUAGAAGGAACUACACGUUUUACAAGACCAUCAAGAAACCCUGCUCCAUCAGAAAAGAUAAAAGAUUUGUACAUGUUCGAUAGUGCUGGUGAACCAAUUGGAAAGGCUAUCCCGGUUGGGCAGUUUAAUAGCCGUCUUCUAAUUCAAGCACAUCGAUAUGUCUUGCGACAUUGUGAUGAACUUGCAGAUUUCCGCAAGUAUGUAUAG